UUUGGAGGAUGACGCGCAGUGAGAUGAAGAUGAGGAGGAGGAGGAGCUCUGACGCUGUCCUUUCCUCCUGAACUCCGCAGUGUGCUCCCGUCUGACCUGAUAAACGACAGGAAGCCGCGAGGAAUUGGACUUUUCCCUCACUCUCCUCUUCUUCCUCCUCCUCCUCUUCGUCGCUCCUCUCUGUCUUUGUUUCAUUCCGUCUUUCUGUGCGGCUCAGACGCCCGGCCCCUCCCUGGCCGCCGCCCCGGAGCCCCCCCCCCUCCCAUCAUCAGCCGGUGAGGCUCCGCAGCUGAUCCCCUCCUCGGCGACCUCCAUCCAGGCAGAGAUGCUGUAGAGCGGCCCGGCCGGCCGGCGCGCGCGCGGGAUGCUGGUCCCGGUCUGAAGGCAGCGGAGAGGCGCGCGGGCAGACGGAAGAUCAUGUCGGGCAGGACGCCUCUGACCCCCGUCAACGAGUCUGAGCAGCCAAAAUCUUCGGACGGUCUUCCAGAACCUCCAGCUCCGCCCGUCAAGUCUUCAAGUUGCCACAGUUUGGUGCCGUGCCGUAGCUCUUUGGCAGCCAUCACAGAUGAGCAGCCGCACGUAGGAAACUACCGGCUGCUGAAGACCAUCGGCAAGGGGAACUUUGCCAAAGUCAAACUGGCCAAACACACCCUGACUGGCAGAGAGGUUGCAAUCAAAAUCAUUGACAAAACUCAGCUGAAUCCCACCAGCAUGCAGAAGCUUUUCCGAGAAGUCAGUGUGAUGAAGAUGCUGAAUCACCCAAACAUCGUCAAGCUGUUUGAAGUGAUCGAGACCGAGAAGACUCUGUACCUGGUGAUGGAGUACGCCAGCGGAGGUGAAGUUUUCGACUACCUGGUGGCUCAUGGACGAAUGAAGGAGAAGGAGGCCCGAGCUAAGUUCCGUCAGAUUGUGUCGGCAGUGGAAUACUGUCACCAGAAGAGGAUCGUUCACCGGGAUCUAAAGGCAGAGAACCUCCUGCUGGACGCUGACAUGAACAUCAAAAUCGCUGACUUUGGCUUCAGUAACGAGUUCACCUUGGGCAGUAAGCUGGACACGUUCUGCGGAUCUCCUCCUUACGCUGCACCUGAGCUCUUCCAGGGUAAAAAGUACGAUGGGCCGGAGGUGGACAUCUGGAGUUUGGGAGUGAUCCUGUACACGCUGGUCAGUGGCUCGCUGCCCUUCGAUGGACAGAACCUCAAGGAACUGAGGGAGCGUGUUCUCAGAGGAAAGUACCGAAUCCCCUUCUACAUGUCAACCGACUGUGAAAAUCUACUGAAGAAGCUGCUGGUUCUAAACCCAGGAAAACGGGGCAGCAUGCCGCAAAUCAUGAAGGAUCCAUGGAUGAAUGCGGGUUAUGAGGACGCAGAGCUGAAGCCCUUCUCUGAACCAGAACAAGACUAUGGUGACCUCAAGCGCAUAGAGCUGAUGGAGACCAUGGGCUUCUCCCAGAAUGAAGUGAAGAAGGCGCUGGAUGGUCAGAAAUACAACGAAGCCACUGCAAUUUAUCUGCUGUUGGGGAUGAAGUCUUCAGAGUUUGAAGUCUCCAGUGAGCCUUUGUGUAACAUCCAGAGGACCCGGCCCAUCAGUGACUUUAAUGGCUCCAGCCAUUCACCUGCGCACCUCCGCAGUGUGACGACCGCUCAGAAACAGCGCCGUUUCAGCGACCAUGUGGCCCCCUCUAUCCCCCCACCCGUAUCGCACACCAAGCGCUCUCAUGCUAACAGCGUUGACAGCGAGAAGAAGGACGAUCCGGCGUCGCCUAUGGGAGCUCAGGACCGCAGGAAGUCAGCCACAGCCUCAGGGAGCAUAAUUCGGAGAAAUACUUAUGUUUAUGAGAGGAACAGCUCGGAUCGACACUCAGCUGUUAUACCAAGCGUGAAGGACAACAGUCUACCUGAAGUACCUGCUGCAUCCCCUGUCCCAUCGCCAGGGGGAGCCGUCUCCUCCAUACGGCCUCGACACGUCAAGUCCAUGUCAGCUUCUGGACAUCCCAUAAAGUCCAGCCUGCCUCCUAUUGACGACAACGCUGAGUAUCAGAGUUCCCAACAUCCGGCCCCGUCGUCGCCCUCAGCCUUCAGCGUCACGAGUAGCAGCAGCACAACCCCAGACCGAGGCCGCUUCUCCCGUGGCUCUUCCAGUCGCUCCACCUUCCACGGAGCCCAGCUCAGAGAGCGACGACCUGCCACGUACAACGGGCCGCCGGCCUCGCCCAGCCUGCUACAGCACACCCCUGCCUCGGGGGCCACGCCCCAUCGUGGUAACUCCUCCUCCAUCAUCGGCAAGUUCACCUCAAAGUUUGCACGAAGGAGUUCCACAGGCGAGCCCAAAGACGAGGGUCGGGAGUCCAAACCUCGGUCUCUGCGCUUCACCUGGAGCAUGAAGACCACGUCCUCCAUGGAGGCCGGGGACAUGAUGAAGGAGAUCCGAAGGGUUCUGGACGCCAACAACUGCGACUAUGAGCAGCGCGAGCGCUAUCUGCUGUUCUGCGUGCACGGAGAUGCUCGUCAGGAAAGUCUGGUCCAAUGGGAAAUGGAGGUGUGCAAACUGCCCCGCCUGUCACUCAACGGCGUGCGCUUCAAAAGAAUCUCUGGAACGUCCAUAGCCUUCAAAAACAUUGCCUCCAAAGUAGCCAACGAGCUCAGACUGUAAGCAAUCUCCUGCUAUGAACAUGUCCUUCUUUACCUCGACAAAGGGGAAAGCUCCAGUGGAGAGCGGCGGUUAGACCCAGAGGAGCUUCAGCUUCUUAUACCCAACUAGACUUGUUUCUUGUUGAUGCAGCGGAAACCAAAUCCGGCUAUGGCUGGGUCGCACAGAUAUGCAGCUGAUUCUUAAUUCAUCAGAACUCCUAUCCCUCUUCACCUUUAUGCUUAAAGAUCCGCUCUGAUCCUCAUCUGAUCUAUUUUUAAGGCGUUACCAGUGAUCUUUUAAUUACAAUAAUGCCUUUUUUAGCCAAAAUCCAAACAACGUUUUUUUUUUUUUUAGGACAUACAGAAGUUUCUGUUUGUAGAGCUGCUGUAGAUCAUCAAAAAUUCACCUCUAAGUUGUGGGCUGGACCAUUGGCCCCAAGUAAGCCUGCCUCUACAUCCCUAGAUCCAUCUGUUUACAUUCUCUUCAGCUAGCUUCCAGCCCCUCACUCCCCCAACCUAACAUAACUACGGCGGGCAAAAUUGGAGCAAUGCAGCCGGACAGUUUUGAGCCCAGACGUGGAAAACAAAGACUGUCGUAUUUCCCAAAAACAGGACAAUUGGGUGCUUCCGCCCAUGUGCCCACAGCUUUCUGACACUCCAAAUGCUCAAUAUCUUUAGCCAAAAAAAGUCAUCUAUGAAUUUAGUCAGGCUUAGCCAACCAAAGACCAUUUCAAUCCAAACUGUUAUGCUUUAAUUCUCUAGUAGCAGCUUCACAAAAACAUUUGCUUAUGACAAUAAUCCAUUAUCAUUGUCUCAUAAUCAUUCAUUUACACAAACUUUUACUUACUUUGCUUAAGAAAUAGGAACAAAGCAGUGCAACUUAGCAUGACAAAUGCAAACAGAUGUAGCUGAGUAAAUAUUCUGGGUUCUGAAGUUAAUAAUACAGAGGCUGACCAUGUGAACGUGCAUGAAGACGUUUUUCACUGCCGUCCCCUAAUAACUCCACUCAUUUUUUUUGGGGGGGGGGGGAUUGGUGGAUUGUUCGUUAUUGGUUUUUUAAUGUAUUCUCCACAUUGCAGUCAAUCAUUUAGAAACCACUAAAAAUGUUUGUUUUGUCGUCCCCAGGCGCUUCAGGCAGAUAAUUCCUGAUUAGAAAAGUCAGUACAUGUUAUAUUAUUAAUGCUACAAAAUAACAUUUGUACCAGCUGCCACUGACGUUUGAUGGACAGUUUUUUAAUCUCCCUUAAAAUUUUCUUUUUUCUUAAUUUCAGAACAUCUUUAUCUCAUUUUUACAUUUGCUUCUAAAACUGAAGCUGCAACAUUUAAGAACCUUUAAGGAAACUAAAACAAAAACUUGUAAAUAAUAGUCAAAUUAACACUUGACAGACGAGUAUUUGUUUAUUAUUUUUGCUGCUGAUCUAACACAGGAUCCAUAUGACUUUUGUUGAAAUUCUUUUGUUUUUCCAUCUUUUUCCGUUCUUAAUGACAUAUUUGGUCGGCCAUACUUAAAGGAAAAUUUGUUUCUUAGACUUUCAGUCUUAUUUUUUAUCUUGUAAUAAUAAGAUCCUUCUGUGUAGAUGAACUGCAUCCAUCAGUUAGAACAGGACAUAAAGAUGGAGGAAAAUAUCACCUUCAAUAUGUAACUCGUCAAAAUUCAGUUUUUUCUGCACUAAUCUGAGGAAUUACAAAGCAGCGCUUCUUUUAAUGAUUGGUAGUUAUACUCAUUCUUUAUGUAACUUUUGCUGACACAAUGGAGAUCCAUGAAUAUAGUUACUAAAGAUUUUUCGGUGUCCUACCUGCAGCCGAUGGUGAAAAUCCUUCUUUAGGCUAAGAAAAUAAUAUAUUUCUGCUGAAAGCAUCGGCACAAAUACUAAGACAAUAGUAGAAUCUUGUCGUAGUGGUUUUGGUUGAGAUGCUUUUUAUUUAGGAGAACAUUUACAAAACAUGCUUUAAUCGUAACUCAUAUUUUUUUUUAUGUUUUUUUUUUUUUAAAUCCUUUCGUCUUCCUUCAUCUGUGGUGCUGCUUCUAAGAGAAACUCCUGCUUGCUCGUGCAAACUAGUACGCCAAGCUUUCAAAACUGUAGAAGCGGCUACCAGUCGAUCGCAGCACUGAAACAUUUCUGUUGCAUCUUUUUUCUGUGUCUUCAUUGCUUUAGUCCCUUAAGCAGAUCUGAACCGACAACCCUCAGGUCUCUUAAUGAAAGACGGUAGAUUCUGGACAGAAGAAGUGGAUUGUUUUGAAACACCAGCUUGUUGUAGCUUUUAAUUGAACCUUACAGGAUGACACGGAUGCACUCGUUCAGUUUCAUUUAAAAUGCUAAAGGUGCUAAAUUUGGUUUUCCAGUUUUUUGUCGUAGAUUCUUGCAACUCUGUGACCCCCCCCCCCCUCCAGGUUUCUCUGCGUUCAGUUGCACUAUAACUUAUUAAAAUGGUCAUUUUCUUUUUUAUAUUUCUCCUGGUCUUGUUGAUUCUUGUGUGUACACGGAUUGUGCAGCAGCCAGAUGUUUGCCUCUGUAGUGGUUCAUGGUGCAAUGCCUCUUCAGCGUUUCUGCAUUCAGAAAAUGUUCGUACUGUUGUGCUUUUUCACCCAGUAUGUGGACAGGAGCAAAGAGAAGUGUUUGUCAGGAUGUAUAUUUGUCACCAUGUGCAGUUUGUGUCCAACUGUAACUCUGAGCCUCUAACUUUAAUGUAGCGUUCACCUGAGUUUAGAGAUGAAGCUGCCAGGCGACUGACUCACCGUCAGACCCGGCAGCAGCUGGACUGUAGCAGAAGUGAAGUCGUCAUUGGUUUCAUUUGGAAUAAAGACGAACAGUGGGAAACAUUUUA